AUGUCAGUUUUACAAGAUGAAAAAUAUGGGCAGACGAUUCUUGCCUAUUGUGAUAUGUGUUAUGUUGUACUUGAUGCUGAACAAGAAGUCCAUCAUAAAUGUUUAUCAUGUUAUGAUUAUAUUGUUUGUUCAAAAUGUUUACCUUUAGCAGCACAAAAACAUUCACCAUUACACCAAUUUUCACCAAUUAUUGGACUUCCAGAAGAGUUUGCAUGGAUUCAAAAUAAUGUUGGAAUUCGAUGUGAUCGUUGUUAUGAAACGCAUUUUUCAGGUCGUCGUUAUAGAUGUACGACAUGUGCUGAUUUCGAUGUGUGUGAAAAUUGUUUUCCAUUUGCCAAUAAAUCUCAUGAACUUAUAUUAGCACCAAAUUCUGCUAAAGUUAAAUUAAAUCAUAUUUUAUUGGCUCGACGUGCUGUAGCUCUACUCAGUAAUCCUGAUUCACCUUUUUAUGGACAACCAUUCGAUGUUCUUACCGAUUGGUCAUUAACUACAGCACGUGGUCUAGUCAAUGAAGAACGAAAUAAACAACAGAAAGAUAAUAAAUUUAUUCUCGAAGAUAUUCUACAUUUACAGAAACAAUUAAAACAAAUGCAAUUAUAUAAAAAAAUAAAAAAAAAUAAACACAAAAGAGAAGAACAAGAUGAAAAUGAGCCAAUAGAUCUUGAUUUUCAACCAAUGGAUGAUAGAUGUCCACAAGAAAAAUCUCGUCGAAAUAAAUGUCCCAAUAAUAGAUCUAUUCAAGGUUCUCCAAUACAACUUGAUUGUCAACCAAUGGAAGAUUCAUAUUCACCACUACAAAUUGAAAUGCAAUCAAUGGAUGAAUCAUCUUCACAAGAUAUAUCUUUUGGAAAUAAACGUCCCUUGGAAAGAUCUCGUCGAGAUUCUCCAAUACAACCUGAUAGUCAGCCAAUGGAAGACACAUGUUCACAAGGAAAAUGUCAUCGAAAAAAGUAUUUGAAAGAAAAAUCUCUUCCAGAUCCUCAACAACAACAACAACAACAACAACUUGACGUACAACCAAUGGAUGAAUCAUCUCCACAAGAAACAUGUUAUGCAAAUAAAUGUCAUAUGCAAAGAUCUCUUCCAGAUCCUCAAGCAUCACUUAAUAUUCAACCAAUGGAGGCCACACCAUAUCCACAAGGAACAUGUUAUGGAAACAAAUGCUCCAUUCAACGACCUGUAUCAAAUCCUCAAAUCCCACUUAAUACUCAACCGAUGAGGGGCUCACCAUAUCCACAAGGAACCUGUUAUGGGAAUAAUUGUCCUAUGCAAAGACCUCUUCCAAAUCCUCAAAUGCCACUUAAUAUUCAAUCAAUGAUAGGCACACCAUAUCCUCAAGGAACAUGUUAUGGAAAUAAUUGUCCCAUACAAAGAUCUCUUCAAGAUCCUCACUUACAACUUAAUAUUCAACCAAUGGGAGGAACAUGUUAUGGAAAUAAAUGUCCUAUACAAAGAUCUCUUCCAAAUCCUCAACUGCCACUCAAUAUUCAACCAAUGGAGACCACACCAUAUCCUCAAGGAGCAUGUUAUGGAAAUAAAUGUUCCAUUCAAAGACCUGUUUCAAAUCCUCAAGUCCCACCUAAUAUUCAACCAAUGGAAGAUACAUGUUCACAAGGAAAAUGCUAUCGAAAUAAAUGUUCCACAAAAAGAAUUCUUCCAAAUCCACAAAUUCAACAAGAUUCACUAAAAAACGUUGAUCUUAGUAAUACUCAAUGA